GUAGCAACAUGUCUUGCAAGGGAGAGGUUGUGCUACGUUUGGAGGAAGUAUUGCUUCUCUUACCUUCAAAUCUCUUCAACGAGGUCUUUCUUGACUGCAUCGGUCCAUUUCCACAGAGAUAUAGAGAAGGUUGCUACUAUGAUCAGAAGCUACGCAUGUGCUACCCGUCGAACAACUACGGUUUCAUAAAAAAGCAAAGCGAUGAUGCUGGUUCUGGGGGGAUAAAGCCACGUGGCACUGGAGUGUUUCUUCCUGCAAGACCGGUGAGUAGCCCAAAAGAGAAGAGACCGAAGAAAAAGACAUGCCCCAUCAUCUCAUCUCGUUCUAAACAAGUUUUUCUUCCUAAGGAAUGGGCGUAUUAGCUAGUAAAAAACAUUUUAUAUAUUGUCCCUGUGUAUAUCUUAUACUAUUACAAGGCUAGACACACAAAAAUAAGUUUAAAUGUCCGUCUCUAGAGUUGGGACCUAUAGAUUAGUAUUGGAUAAGGUUUGAUGUACACACC